CAUCUAUCUCAUACUCACAGGUUCCAGGUAAAAAUGUGCGCAAAACAUUAGCGGAUGCUUUCAAUGUGUGGCUUGAAGUACCGAAAGAGGAAAUGGCCAUCAUCCUGGACGUGGUUAACAUGUUGCACACGUCUAGUUUACUUGCUGACGAUAUUGAAGACAACUCGAACCUUCGUCGCGGUAUACCAGUGGCACAUAUAAUCUACGGAGUACCCGCAACUAUAAACAGCGCCAACUACGUGUACUUCCAAGCGCUUGAGCGUAUCACCGAGAUGGAUAACAUGGAGGCCCUCCAAAUAUUCUCCAAGGAGAUGUUAGAAUUACACAGGGGCCAGGGGAAAGACAUUUAUUGGAGAGACAGUAAUAAGUGCCCCCAGUUCGAUGACUACAACGAGAUGGUCAUACAGAAGACUGGUGGUCUCUUCCGGCUCAGUGUGAAACUGAUGCAAGUUUUCAGCCAAGAUCAGAGAGAUUAUGUUCCCCUGUUGAAUACUAUGGGUCUAUACUUUCAAAUCAGGGACGACUAUGUAAAUCUUACCAGCACGGAGUAUAUGAGCAACAAGAGCUUCUGUGAAGACUUGACAGAGGGGAAAUUCUCAUACCCGAUCGUACACUCUGUGCUUAAGAAUCCCAAUGAGCGCCAGCUACUGAACAUAUUGAAACAACGCACAGAGUCUCGAGACGUCAAGAAAUACGCGCUGCAGCUCAUUCAUAAGUCGGGCUCUUUCGAGUACACGAAAAGGGAGCUGGAUAGACUGGCGGAUUUGGCGCUAGAGAUGAUCGAUGGUCUCGGUGGUAACAGUGCACUGGAAGAACUGAUUAUGACACUGAGGCAUGUUCAUCUCCACAGAAUGGAUAGUGAGUCCUUUUCUGUGUAAAGUUUCGAUUAUCGUCGCUUUUCGGGGCGGGUUCGGCAGUGUCGUCACAUCUUGUCCAGGCGAAUCGUGAGCUAUAAAUCCAUCUUAUGAUCCUUCAAGAGAGACAUGACAUCAACAGCUUUGGAUCACAGUCACCCCUUCUUUUGAUUCCUGACAGUAAGAUUCUGCCUUUAUUAAUAAACCUUCAGUGUGAAGUACAUGACUUCAUCAAUGAACUCUCACGUA